UCUCUCUCUCUCUCUCUCUCUCUCUCUCUCUCUCUCUCUCUCUCUCUCUCUCUCUCUGUGUGUGUGUGUGUGUGUGUGUGUGUGUGUUAGAACUCCAGGCUGAUCUCCGCCAUGCAGCACUACGGGGUGAACGGUGGAUACUCUCUGCACGCCAUGAACUCCCUGAGCGCCAUGUACAACCUGCAUCAGCAGAGCGCGCAGCACGCGCCCGACUACCGGCCCUCGGUGCACGCGCUCACGCUCGCGGAGAGACUGGCCGACAUCAUCCUGGAGGCGAGGUACGGCUCUCAGCACAGGAAGCAGCGGCGGAGUCGCACAGCCUUCACCGCUCAGCAGCUGGAGGCACUCGAGAAAACCUUCCAGAAAACACAUUACCCCGAUGUAGUGAUGAGGGAACGGCUGGCAAUGUGCACCAACCUGCCUGAGGCUCGAGUACAGGUAUGGUUUAAGAACAGACGAGCGAAGUUCCGCAAGAAGCAGCGCAGUCUGCAGAAAGAGCAGCUCCAGAAGCAGAAGGAGGCGGAGUCAGAAGGGAACCAGGAAGCAGAGAAUAAAGAAGAAGUACCACCUACAAGAACACCUCAAACUCCACCUUCACCUUCAGACGGGACUCGAGCCAUGCUUCCGCCUCCGGACGAGCUGAGCGAGGAAGUGAACGUUACGUCACCUGAGCACUCGGGGGCGGAGUCAGGAGCAGAGGAUUUGACUGACAGAGAGGACGAGCCGCCAUCGUUCGGACAGGAGGAGAAAGGGACGGGGCAAGCACUGACAGGUGGCACAACGCCACCAUGCAAACCACUCAGUCCAAAAUCAGAUUCUCCUCUCGCCUCGCCGUCUCUCUCGUCCUCCGGCGUUCUCAGCAGCGGUUUAGUCCAGACCAACUCCUACGCGUCGUCUCCUCUCAGCCUCUUCCGUCUGCAGGAGCAGUUUCGCCAGCACAUGGCUGCUACAAACAACCUAAUGCAUUAUACGCCCUUCGACAUGGCCACCUCCUCCUCCUCCUCCUCCUCCUCCUCCACCUCUUCUUCAUUAGCUUACCUGGGCAUGAACAUGAACAUGAACAUGAACAUGAGCAUGAACAUGGCAUCUCCACUCAGCCCGCUGCAGUGCCAGUCUUAUUACCAGUCACUGUCUCAGCAGGUGUGGAGCAGCUUAAACAGCAAGACGAGCAGCAUCGAGAACUUGCGCUUCAGGGCCAAGCAGCACGCAGCCUCGCUCGGGUUGGACACGCUGCCCAACUGACCGUGAUAUACAUAUAGUGGAAAUGGAUUGGACUUUACCUCCGUUCUCAUAAAUAAUUACGCUGUGUUUAUUUAAACAAGAUGAAAUACAGGGAAAUGGUGUUGCAAUUCCUCACGUGUCCAGUAAAUGCUUAAAUAUUCGAAUUAUAGACACCUUAAAACCAAGCAUAUACAGUAAGUCACCCUCUCGGUCCAGAUAAAAACGUGGUGCAAAAUGAUUGCCACUUAUACUAAUAAACAAACUAUUAUGAAUGUUAAAACCUCUGAUAUAUUAGAGACCUAGACGGCUGACAGAGGACGCACGUGUCUCUCAUCGACUUCCAUUUAUUUUAGCCGAAUUGAUUUCGUCUCAGGUUGCACGACACCACCCUGUCUAACUAAACGCUACCUUUCUUUCCCUUUAAAUUAAGGACUCCUAAUUGUAUUAAGUGAGUAAUACAAGCUGACAUUAUGAGUAAUGAGUCUUUAUUGGUCACAUAUACAAUUGUAAAGUGAAAUUCUUUUCUUCGCAUACCCCAGCAUACUAAGAGGUUGGGGUCAGAGCACAGGGUCAGCAAUGAUACAGUGCCCCCUGUAGUAGAGAAGGUUAAGGGUGUUGUUUAAGGGCCCAACAGUGGCAGCUUGGCAGUGCUGGGGCUUGAACCCCCGACCUUCUGAUCAUUAAACCAGGGACUUAACUGCCAAGCCAUCACUGCCCCUUAUCGAGCUAGGUGUUAAUGCAAGAAACUGUCAGCGUUUUUUAAUUCUAUAAACAUGGUUUGCAUUUGCAAUCGCUUACGUCCAUUACAUAACAUUGUCGUCACCUGCAUGGCCUCAUGUACUGACGUAAUGAGCUGUCUUAGUCUCUAAUGCAGUGCUACUCAUCUCACUUUUUGCAUUCAUGGACCUCUUUAGCUGGUAAACCCAACUCACCGGACUCCUGUCGAACCCCGCUUUCACGGACAAUAAAUACAAAUUUUUUAAAAAUCACAACCCCGGCCUAUGCUUCAUAAACUCCUGGGGCGCUCUGAACCGCACUUUAAGAACGAUGACUCUAAUAUCUAUGUGGAUUUCAUGCAACAUACUGUAGGCUUCAUCUCUCUUCCGUUCAUGAAAUCUUCCAGACCAAUCUAAAGAGCGCCGAGGCUUCAGAAACGAUGUGAACGUGUCACAGUGACGGAUCCGUAACCCGUGUAAAUACACUACAGUACGUUUAGGAACGAUGGUCAAUGAUGCUAAAGGGAUUCACAGCAUAUAAAACCUUAAACCCUGAAACAUUCUGCUGUCGUGUUGCAUAGAUGUUGCUGUCUGGGACGUCUUUCUGUAAAUGUGAAUAACUUAUCUGUGAAAUGCAAGAAAAUAAACAUCAUUCCUGUGAAACACAUGACAAGUUCGAGUUUCAUUUGUUGGUAUCUAGAGAGCUUAGUGCAUCACUGCGAACAUGACCAAUAGUUCCAUUGGUGUUCCAACACCCUCCUACUCACACACACACACACACACGCAGAGUUACUGUUUCCAUCCCAAAGUGGAUUAGUUAUAACGGUACAUCACAAAUUGUUUUAUUAAUCCCUCUUAUACCAUCACCAUUCAUUAAAAGACUGUAAUUAAUUAAUUAAUUAGCUUUAUAUAGGCUGAUUGUGCUUUAAAUCUGUUAAUAGGAAUGUCUGCGAGAUAAGUGAGUACCCGGUGUCACUUUAAUUAUUUGAAAUUUUCUAAUUACUUCUUUUGGUUUUUGCGCGCUUUACACCCAGGCCGUUGUUUUAGGACAGUCUUCGUGACAGUUUGCGAAAAACGUGCACAAAGUUAAAGUUCGACAUCUUGUUCUUAUAGUCUAUUAUAUAAUCAUGCAUACUAACAAACAUUUAAACAGGAACCUAAGGAGGGAAUGAGCAACAGCUGCGUGUAUUUAGUACAGGGGAGAGUUUGUAGUGCUGGGCUGAGAGGGUGGGCGUGGUGAGGAGGGGGGGCGUGGUUAUCGGCAGGGAUUCUGGUAUCUCUGAAACUCCACUUAAUGCCUUUCAAAA